AAGAGCUUGAGAGUGCAAUGAUAAGCAUGAAAUCCUCUGAACUACAAGUGCAGACCUACGCUGUGUCAGCAGCACCCAUACCAGCAGCUGCCAUACCAGGAGUGUCCCCAGGAGCAAAGAAAGGUUUUUAAAUAAUAGGUUUCAGGACUGGAGUACAAUUCUUUUACAUGAUGAAUUGCCCCCCAAAACUGAACCUCGACUUAAACUAUUUCUCUGUGUGUUGUUUGUGUUCUGGCCAUGUUCCGGCUGUGUUCCUUUAAUAAUACUGUUAGCUGACGUUGUAAUAACUGUCCUAAGGACUAUGAAUUGAUCACUGCCACAAUGAAUUCAUGGCAAACACUAUGAGGUUCCAUCUGCAAUGCUGUCCAAACCUCGGCCGAACACUACUCCUGAACUGCAGGCAUCACAGGUUGAAGCCUCAUCAGGUGUGAAAAGGAAGACACCUGUGCCCCUUCCACCAGAGCUGGCAUUCCUAGUGAAGGAGACUGCUGGUGCCACAAAACCGUUGAGUUCUGAGUCAACUCCAGAACCCAGACCAAGUGCUGCUUGCACCGCUUCACAAAAUGAAGUCAGACUUGAGGACAGUGCUGAAGAUGUUCCCUCAGCUCACCCCCCUGUUCCUGUUCCUGUUCCUGUGUCUGUGCCUGUGCCUGUGCAUGACCAUGACCAUGACCAUGACAUGAGCAGCUGGAGCUGUUCUCAUCACCAGAAGCUCUGGAUGAGGACAGAGCUUCAGGAUCUCGGGCUGUGGCCUGGGUCUUGUCCAGUGCGUAAUCCGGGGAACACAAUUUCAUUGUGGCGUCUUCCUCCACAACCUGAGCUCAUAGAUUCCGUGGCUGAGCUCCCAUCCCCCAACUUCUUUCAGCUCCACCCAUUUUUUAUUUGGAAACCUGAGAGUGCAAUCAUGGUCAGAUUGAGGAACAAUUACAUCCUGCCCUGUCUCCAUGGCUGUCCUCAUCCACAGGUGGUCUCUGCAGGGGUGGGCAGGCCUCGGGUGAUUGUUGGCACCAGCGGCCAAUAUUACAUCCUCUCCUCACGACUCUGCUGCAAGGACUGUCGAAAGACCUGGUUUGCCGACAGUCCGCGAUGGCUUGAGAAACUCCCCAAGCGCUUCACCAACCUUUUGCCUGCAUUCCUGACUUACAAGAAGGCCAUCUGUAAGUCUGUUAUGGAUGAGCUGAGGCGCUCUGGCAAGUCACCAACAGAUAUGGCCAACCAGGUGAAUGAGCUCAUGCACCUCAAGUAUGAGCGAGCUCACCUGGCAUACCUUCAAGCCAUAGAGAGUGUCAGAGAUGCUGAGGCUGGAGUGUAUGGCCAGAGGAGCAUCGGGCAGUUUCUGAGAAAAGAAAACCAGCCACGCGCUUUUGGGUCAUAUGACAAGCAAGAUGGCUGGGGUGGAGUCUCUGUGUCCGGUUUCUACCUGACUGACUGCCUGCUGGAGGAGUUCAAACGUCAAGAGCCAGCUAUGUCCAGGCUCCUCCAGGGAACAUUUGGGCAUGUUUUCCGGUCCGACCACACCAGAAAAGUGGCAAGGAAGGUGACCUUAGCCUCUGGGGUCAUGUCCAGUUAUGCUGUGAUGAAUGAGCACUGGCUCAUCGCAUCCUGGGUGAUGGUUCAGUCUGAGACUGAGAGGUCCUUGGAGCCAAUGUACCAGGGGAUGGCCAAGAGGUACAGCAAUGCUGGAGUGGAAAAGGCAGGCUACCACUGGAUGGACAGGGAUUGCUGUGCUGCCUUUAAAAUCCCAGACAGCAUCCUUGGAGAACAUCUGAACUGGGAUGCCUGGAAGACUACCCCGUCCAUUGUUGCUGGAGCGACCUCUGGAAGACAGUUGAACACCUGUGCCUCAAGAUCGCAUUAUAAUGAGAACAUUGUUGUGAAACUGGACUUGUUUCACUGUCUGAGGCGCUUUUCACGGGAGUGCACCUCUGAGCAUCACCCUCUGUACAGCACUUUCUGUAAGCUCCUCUCUGCUGCCUUCUCUGUUGUGGAUCAGGAAGACCUGAAGAGGCUCCAGGAUGCUUAUAGGUUCUGUGGUAUUCAUCCAGCCAAUCCCACCAAACAGCACAUACGGGAGCACUGCAGGAUUAAAAUACCCCAUCCAACAGAGCUGCUGGACAGAGUGGAGAGAGUCCUGAGUCACUUUCACCUGGCGACGGACCCUAACAAUGUCCCACUCUUUAAGCCAUCCAUGCUGAAGAGAUGGCGAAUUCAGAGAGUGCACAUUCUCCGUGGGUGCCUCAGUGACCCUGAACUCUCCGAGGGCAUAAUGUACAGGUACCGAGGAACUCUGCAGUUGAACCACGUACCUGGUGAAGGUGCCAAAGUCCCGAUUUGGAUCCCUGUCAGAGGUACAUCACAGCAGGAGGGAUACCAUUUCCACCAGGCUCACUGGGUCACUGGCACUCAUGUCUCCCCUGAAUUGUUCCAGGCCCAGGGUAUGACAGGGGUAGCACGAUGGAACUACCAGCGGCUGGUGGACCUUAAACAGCCAGGUGUCAUCCUCCCUGCUGUCUUUGACCCAGCUUUAAUGUGCGAGUUAAACGCUGCUUCCAUGAGAGUGACAGGGCAGGAGAAGUAUGCUGCAUUUCUCCUCUCCGACAGGGACACUGGAGAGAGGUUUGGCCUUCAGUACAGAGAGCCAGGCUGCCGUCCAGUCCCACUGGACUGGGACAAACACAGGACUCUGAAGAGAGAUGAGCCUGCCGCUCUUAUGCCUCCGCCCCCCCGGCAGACACCUGCUGCUCCUGCUGAAGAUAAAGCUCCAGACGUGGCACCCUCCUCCAGUUUGACACUGCCCUCUGGCGUGCCAUCCCCUGGACCAGCACCAUCCAUCGGCCAUCCACUCUCUGCUGGUGCGCUGCUAAAGCAGGAGAUGCCACCAGAAGAAGUCCUGGAUCCUUCAGCAGCAACGGAAAUCUCACAUGCCCUGCCGCUGCCUUUGAGUUCCUCACCAAGGAGUGCCCGCACUGGACCCAUAAAAACUGGCGGAAGAGUUUUUGUGUUGGACCACACACGCUGGACAGCACCCAUGAAAGCUGCUAUUGACAGUUUGCUGCAGAAGCACCAUGGAGAGAAGGACCGCCUGAAGCUUGUGGAUCAAGAAUACGCUGACAUGGUCCAUCAGUCAGCCACAGAUCCAAACAGCUUGCUCCACCCCACAACCAGGCUGCACAUAUCUCACUAUGUGAAGCACCUGGCAAAACUCCUGAACACCAGUUCCUCCUUGAACACAAGUCAGGAAAAACUUCUGGACACUCAGCAGCUGUGGCACUCUUUAACAGAGGGGAGUGACACUACUUGUGUUCCUGUGGUCACCUUGGAGGCAGCUGUUGUCAAGCCCCCUACACCUGCCCUGUCCACACCUCUAACCCAAGACUCCCUUGAGAAAAUUGUGGAGGGCAUCUUGGAAAAGCAGCAGCAGCAGCAACAACAGCCCCAGCCAGAGCAGAAGAGAAAGCAGACAAAGACGUGUCUUGCCUGUGGACAGCCCAAGUCUCGAUAUGGGACGGAUGGAUCCUCCAUCCACUUUUUUUACCAACAGGGGCCUGUGCGCUAUUUCUACUGCUCUAAGAAGGUGCAUCAGAGUUAUGCUGCUGAGGGACUUUCUGAUGCCAAGAUGCCCUUUGAGCAGUUUGUCCACACAGAUUUCUUCCAGAGGGAGUUGGAGGAAACCAAAAAACGUGUGGAAGAGAAGGUGGAAAAAAAAAAGGAAGCGACCAGACACCCAUCCAGCCGGCCGCCUCUGUAGGUUCUGUCACCUGGAACUGAAACAGGGGCCGAACAGCCCACACAUCCAUUCGGGCUUCCCAGGAGUGGCAGGAAAAUAUAUUUACUGCCCCUCUAAAGUGUACUCUUUGUACCGCAAUGAGGGAAUGGCCAGAGAGAUGAGCUGGAAAGAGUUUUGUGCGUCUCCUUUCUAUGAGGCCGAGCGACAAAGAUUGGUGGAGGAAAGAAAAAAGCAUUAAACUCUUCAGAGUUUGUGUAUAAUUAUUGUUUUGUGUUCUGUGUAAAUGAAAAUUAAUUUUUGAAUAGAUGUUGUAUAUAUGUAAAUAUGA